AUGUCAAUUGAACAAAAUUUGGAAGAUUUUUUUGCUGAACUUUCAAAUACACAACAAAAUCACAGUUACGAAACUUCAACAUUUAUGACAACAACACAAAAUAUUGCAAAUCAUGAAACUAUUGACAAUCAAGAUUCUUCACUUGAUGAUUUCAUGAACAUUCUUGCUUAUAAUACUUCAUCUACUGUACCAUUUAAAAGUGUGCAAACUGGAGAAUCAAUCAAUACGAUUGAAAAAUAUCAAAACCAACAAGUGGCACAUGAAUCAUCGACAGUGAUGAAUACAACAACAACAACAACAACAGCAGUAAACAUAAAUACCAAGAAUAAUAUUAAAAAAAGAAAAUUUAACGAAGAUAUUAAUCGUUAUAAAACACUUGUUGUAUUGGGAUUACGAUCUGAUGUUAAUGAAAUUGAUUUAUAUCGUCAUUUUAUUGGAUGUAUUAAAGUAACUUUAAAACCAUGUAAAUCAGAAACAUAUUUGAAAUAUGCUUUUAUUGAACAUAGAACAAUAAAAGAAGCUGAGUGUAAUUUCAAACGAUCUCUCAAUUAUCUUCUUUUCGGUUCUAAAUGUUAUAUGAAAUACACCGGUGACUCUUCAUCUCUUCCUAUUGGGUAUCGAUUCGAUAAUGAACGAACAAUUGUAGUAAAAAACAUUCCACAAAAUGUUACCGAAGAUGAUUUACAUCAAUUAUUUAUCAAUUGUUCUAUAUCAAAAUAUUGUCCAUCACGUAUAGUUCAUCAUAGAACUCUCUCAGCUCCAAUUAUGAACAAAACUAAAACUCUUUCAGGGUAUGCAUUUCUUGUUUACAAUACCGUUCAAGAAGCAUCCAAUUUUAUUGAACAUGCUGAUCAAUAUCAAAUCAAUGGUCAACAAUUGAUUAUUUCUGCUUAUAUCGAUUCACGUCAAUUAUAA